AUGCUCUCCCAGGGAACCAUCUGCAGCCUGCUGCUCCUCAGCACGCUCUGCCUGGACCUGGCAGCGGCAGGCUCCAGCUUCCUGAGCCCAGAGCACCAGAAAGUCCAGCAGAGAAAGGAGUCCAAGAAGCCACCUGCCAAACUUGAGCCCCGAGGGUUAGAAGAUGGCAGUCAGGCAGGAGGGGCAGAGGACGAGCUGGAAAUCCAGUUUAAUGUCCCCUUUGAUGUCAGAAUCAAGCUGUCAGGGGCUCAAUACCAGCAACACGGGCAUGCUCUAGGAAAGUUCCUGCAGGACAUCCUUUGGGAAGAUGUCAAAGAUAACCCGACUAACAAGUGA